AUGCAGCAAAACCUGUGCGCUCGCUGCUUCCAUGACCGGCUGCCAUGGGCGCCCCUCGACUCUCUGGCCUUCACUGUUUUCAAGGCCGAGGUUGUGGACGGGCUCAAGUCCAAGGCAAAGUGCGUCGACCCUGAGACGUACGCGAUGCUGGUGGUGGAGGACGCCAGCGGCGCCAGCAGCAGCAGCGAGAGCAGCAGCGAGAGCAGCAGCAGCAGCGGUAGCAGCAGGAUAAGCGGCAGCGGCGACGGCGUUGGUGACGGUAGCGUCAGCAGCGAAAUACGACGGGAAGGGUGGGUGCAGCGGCAAGUCGAGGGCGAUAGGGACGUGAACAAGGACAGUGGCGCCGGCGCCGGCGGCGCGUCGGUGGUAUUGGGUAUCGUGGAGCUGGGGCUGCAGGAAACUGGCGAGAACGUCCGGGAGCUGCGGCAAGCAGGGGUCCUGGGGGGCGACGCCGGGCGAUGGGCGGCGGAAGGCGACGGGGCGGGCGCCGCGUGCGUGUACCUCAGCAGCAUGGCGGUCGCGCCGCCCGCGCGCCGCGCCGGCGCCGCGCGGGCGAUGCUGCGCGCGGCGCAGUGGCAAGCGGCGCUGUGGGGCCAGCGGCACAUCGCGCUGCACGUCUUCACGGACAACGAGCCGGCGGUGCGGCUGUACAGCUCGGCGGGGUGGCGGCCAGUGGGGCGGGACCCGGGGUGGCGCAAGUGGGUGGGGGCCAAGAUCGCACUCGUAUGCGCCGCGCUUUACAAUUUUGAGGGAUGA